AUGAGAUAGUUAAAAUCAAUUUCAAGAGUAGAGCAACUUGGGAAUAUUGAUGUAGUAAAUUUUUUGAAAAAUGAUAAAACUAUUCUUCAUUUCUCAAAACCAGAAGUCCAAGCAGCUAUUGGAAGCAAUACAUUUGCAAUAUUUGGAAAUCCAGAAACAAAGAAGUUUUCAGAAUUAAUGCCAGAAAUUUUAAAUCAUAUUGGACCAAACUAAAUGUCUCUGCUUUAAGAAUUAAUGAAAGAAACUUACAAGGUUUAAUUUUUUUUAAUCAUAUAAGAAAAAUGUAGAUAAAAUAGCAGAAGCAGAUUAAAAAGAAGAAAAUGAUAUUCAUAAUUUUGUAGAGGGUUAAAAUUUCAAAGAAGCAAGCAAGAAAGAAUAAGUAAAUUAUCAUAUUUUAUGUAUUCCAGCCAUUAAAUUAUAAAAGAGGUGUUUUCUUUCAAUAAAUUUGUUAAUUUAGAUUGAUAAUGGAAGUAUGUAAAAGUAAUAUAAACUAAUUAAAUCCUUUCAAUCACAAAAAGUUAAUCAAAUUUAAGAGAUAAAUUUAGUGA